CCCGCACUCAGUCUCUCUCUCUCGCGAUAGCAGGUUGACGCCACCAAAGCAGCAUGCAACCAACGUGACCAACGGUACAACCCAGUUCGAAGAUGGCGCCGACAAAGGGUAAAGCUGUGUCGCUUGACACGAAGAUGGAUAUUUUGCAGGACUCUCGACGCGGCUUCAAGGUGAGCGCCCUCGUGAAGAAGUAUGAGCUCGCCCAGUCGACGAUAUCAACCAUCUUGAAAACCGGGAGCACCGCGAUUGUGAAGGCAGGAGCUAUCAGCAGCCAUGCCGAUCAGCGGAAAAGGGUUAGAGACUCUUUGUACGCCGAUGUUGAAGAGGCGCUUUACCAGUGGUUCAUCACAACCCGCGCGCAUAAUGUGCCUAUUAGUGGGCCAAUACUUGCCACCAAAGCGAAAAACUUCGCUUUUCUUCUGGGACGACCAAAUUUUGAACCUGGGGGAGGCUGGAUUCAGCGCUUUAAAGAGCGGCACGGAAUCGUUUACAAAAACGUGGUAGGGGAAGCGGCAUCUUUGGACACACAGGCAAAGCAGCAGUGGCUGCAGACAAAGCUGCCCAGCGUGCUGGAGCGCUACGCGGAGAAGGACAUAUAUAAUUGCGACGAAACUGCUUUGUUUUUUCAAAUGUUGCCGUCGAAGACUCACGCUCUUAAAGGAGAUCGAUGCCCCGGCGGGAAGCACUCGAAACUUAGGGUGACCGUGUUGCUGUGCGUUAGCAUGGACGGGAGCCAUCGUCUCAAUGCAGACAGUGCUGCCUCGUUCUGCGAUGAGGUCACCGACGAGGCGAUCGCCGAAGAUGUGCUGUCUCGACAGACGGCAAAGUUGUGCGACGGUGGCGAUGGCAGCAGCGACAGUGACAACGAGAUUGGCAGUGGCUCCUUGACCCCGACCACGAUGUCCACGCAAAGUGCACUGUCGUCGAUCGACUCCUUAAUUGAUUUUAUGCAUGCCAAAGGAUUGCUGCCAGUGUUCGCGCAGCAGCUGGAAUCCAUGCACACCGCAGUUGUGAAGCUGAAGCUGCCACAAAAGCAAGUGCAGAUUUCGGACUAUUUCGGCGCGCCUAACCCUUGACACGGUCAUUGGCGCUACAAAUAAAGUUUGUUUUUCACAGCCGACUUUCUACAUCAUCUAUUCUUUAGAGCAAGUAGCGAAUUCGAGUUCGGAACUGCAAAGGUAUGUUCCGCAUUUUUUUUUUUUUUUUUUUUUUAUAACUGCAGUCCAGUUAUAGCGAUCAUCGGUUAUAAUGAUCAUAUUUUUUGUCUUUCUCGAUAUCGUUAUAAGUGGACUGCACUGUAUUGCGUGAACAAAGACCACUUUUCGGGAGAUAUAAGACAGUGAUCGUACAAUCGGAAAGUUCAGUCAAAAAUCAGGAGUCUCCCGGGCAAGUCGGGAGGGUUGGCAGGUAUGCAUCAGAGCCGUCAGAUGCAGCAUCAUCGCUAUCACAAGAUGGCAACAGAGCACGUUAUUGUGAAAGUUGUGGUAAGUUCAUCUUGAGUUGUAUUUUCAACCAAUAACUUUCGGAAAUGUCAUCAUUUUCACGAGAUUUCAUGCGACUCGGAGCCAGAUGCAUUGGCAUAAAUUAGCCACCCCGUUUCCGGCGCUGUGCCAAGCUUGUCAUCUGCGCACAGUACCAGGAACACUGCAGGACACAUACUUUGGCAAAUCCGAUGCAGGCUUGUGAAAGUGAUAGUAACACAGUCAAACCCACUUAUAACUAUACCGGUUUUAACAAUAUAUCAAUUAUGACACUGAGAAGCUGCUGCGCUAUCAACUUUUGUAUGUUUUCCAUGGUGUAAUAUGACGCUUACUACAAUGCCC